GAUGAGCGACAAUAUCGCGAUUUGUCCCUCCCUGGAACGGGCUCUGGGGACCGUGUCAUCUCCCGUUUCCAUGAUACCUACAGACGUCCUGCUGUCAAUCUUCUUCCUCCUGACGGACCAAAACAAUACUUCCACAAAGAAAAACCCCAAUAUUCUAGUCACGAUAUCGCAUGUCUGCCAGUUGUGGCGGAAGGUGGCGUUAUCAUCUGGUACGCUCUGGGCCUCCAGCAUUGACUGGACCACAUCACGACCAAUCGCCUGGCUGAAACAAGUAGUCGAGCGUACUGGAGACGCGAAGCUGGACUUCUCAGCCAAAACCAACCUGGACACGAGAGUAAGGCUGCCCGGCAACGCCAAAGUGCUUGCUAGCGUCGCAAGUAAACGCAUUCGAUCUAUAGACCUUGCGUUCGAAGGCUAUAUAGGAAUGCCGCCACCUUUUCGAGAAAUUUGGAGAGAGCUCCGGGGACCAUUCCCAGAGUUGCAGGUUCUGUCUCUGAAAACGGAUAGCAUUGGAAUGGGUCGACAAGAAUUAAGUCGCGUAGACGAGUGGCGCCUGCUCGAGGAGCACCCGAAACACCUGCGCGUAUUGCGGCUCAUCCUCUUUCGUCCCAACUUCGACAAUCUUUCGAUGUUCAAGAAUUUGCACGAGUUAUCGGUUUCGCAUGUCACGGUUGACCCACCGCAUAUCGCAAAGUGGCUAGAUGUUCUCCGCGUCAUGCCACAGCUAAUCGAGCUGACGAUCGUCAAAUCCUUGGGCAGAGGUAUUCAUCCCGACAUCCCUCGAACCCCCGUCUUCUUACCGGAUCUCAAGAAACUGGUGCUAGAUGGGGAGGCUGGAUCCGGAGAUGGCGUUGACUCAUUCCUCCCGUACAUCAGCACACGAGCGGGGUGCAGCCUCUUCUUCACAGCCCGUUCUCCUCGAGGGCGAGUGCCAUUCAAUAGCGAUGAAUCCUGCCUGGCUGAAUGGUUCAGACGCUGGACGAACGAAGAUUAUCAAAGUAAAUCACUUUUUGCAUUUUUACAUGCCAGUUGCAUCGACAUCCACAAUCUCCCGUCUCACUCUGAAGCUACACCCAUCCCUGGGCUGUUAUUUCGUGUGUCGCUGGAAGACCUCUCUAAUGAAGGCCUCGUCCUUCCUGAAUGCACAGGAUCUCUCGUAUCCACACUAGAAAAGUUUAUAGGAAAGGCCGAGUUCCUCACAGUUGUUGCUCCCUUACCCGGCCUCGCCAUCCCCUAUCACGACUUCUUGCGGCUUCUUAUCUCCUUGAGAAAGCUUCAGAUCAAUGUUUUAUCGGAACGCCGUCGAAGUUGGGCGACACCAGAUCCAGAUCCCGAACAUUAUAUCAAGGAAGUAGUGGGAUCCUUCAUGACGGGUGACAACGUUCCUUUAUCAGUCUUGCGGAAUACUUUCCCCUUAUUGGAGGAAAUAGUCGUACUCAAGAGGGGGGACUUUUUAAGAUACCAUGUAAUAUCCCACGAUAGUUG